CAAUUCUAUGAAUAUAGAAAGUCGAAAUAGAAUCGAGCCAAUUUCUCCCCAAAGAAUGCAUGCAUCAACCCUUCCUCCUUCCUACUCCCUCAUAGACACAGAAUCCUCUCUCAAAAAGUAUGCUAAUUAUCUUAAAAUAUUCGGAUGGAUUCUGAUGGUGACUGGAAUUCUCCAGAUUUUAGGAAGGAUAGGGGGGCUUGAUGAUGACUAUGAUCUUUAUGUUGAUUACGAUGACUUGGUAGUGAAGGAAGGAGAUCUGAAGAUGUCUAGUACAGCUCAAGGGAUCUGUACCUUUUUGGAUAUAGUUUCUGGGAUCCUACUUGUGUUGAUAGGGUGGAUGUCUCUGAAGACUAGUAAAGAUCCGACAAGAGGAAACACUUGGAGCCUUGUUUUAAAGGUGGUUGCAAUUGUUUUGGUCAAAAUGGUUCUGAUUUUGCUGACAUUCCUUACGGUGAGCUAUUCUUACUCUAAAGCCUAUGUUGAAUGGGUGCAGGAGAAUGAAGAUAUGUUUGAAGGAUGGGUUUCGGAUAAUCGUACCAGUGCAGAUAAUUUUGGCAAUAUGUCAGAAAAAGAUGAGGAGAGAUUUGAACAAAUAUUUACAACAGGAUUUACUAUAUUCUUCUCAAUAAUCUUUUCAUUCUGAUUCCUGUGCUGCUGUAUCCUUUCCUGUUCUUCUUGUAUGAUAGGCUUUACCUACAAAUUACACUCAAAAUCAAAAGAAGUUGACCUUUUACACCAAGGUGCAGAAAUGAAUCUGGCUAAUCCAAGGCAAUACGAUAUGCGCCUUUUGCAAUCUGAAGCAUCAAAUAAUUCAGCUCCCUACAAUCCAGGAAUCCAGUCAAAUAGAGGAAGUCUCAUUGGUGGGGGUGAACUUCCGACUCGCCUCCAGAAUGAUCCUAGUAACAACAUGCUGUAACCCCUAAUUUUAUGAAACUAAAAUUA